AUGUCUUCACUAAUAACUGCCGUAUUUAAAGCCACUAUCGGCCUGCUGGUGAAUAAAGGAAGAGAUAAACUAGCAGAAAAGUUGAAUGAGGGUGAUGUUACAGAUCAGAAAUUCCGUGGCCUGAUCGUCCGUGAAAUCGAUGAAGUAAAGUCGAAGUUGAAUGGUUUAGCAAGAAAGGAUUUGAAGACAAGUAUCAGCCAUUUUAAGGAAGGAAUCGAGUUGUUAUAUGAAGUGUUUGAAAGUGCCAGACCCAGUAGCGAGCAUAAAAUUUUAACAGAACAAGCCGCUAGUGUUGAAGCUUUUCCUCUCUCUACAGAAAUGAUAAAAUUGGAGCUCACUUCCAUGGAUGAAACGGCUACAAGGUUGCUUAGCGCAGCAAAAGGGAGAUUUAAGGAGGCUCGUCGAGAAGCAACAAAAGCUUUUAAUAAUGAAGCUUUAGAGUUGCCUGAUCGCCUGUUGGCUAUGCAAUAUCGACUGAUGGCAACAAUACUGGAGACGGUUGACAAUCCUAAGGACUCUUUACCGGUUUGUAAAGUAUGUAUUGAAGACCUACACGAUGUGUCGGGUGUUAAAGAAUGCUUCAAAGUAGAGCUUAAGAAAGGUCUUUGGGCUCGCCUUGAUAAAGACGAACGGAGACAAAUAAUAUCCACGGUAUGUUUCUUUAAUCGUGUUGUCUACGAUGUCACUCUAAUGACCCGGUUUGGUAGCAAGGAUGAGCUUUCUGAAAACUGGCCUAGUGUUGAUACUGGAGAAGAACAAGUCUAUCCACUCCGAAAUCAAAAAGUUGAUGAAGUAUUAAAGAAACAAGGCAUGGAGCACUGUUGUGUUAAACCAUGGUUAUUUGGUCAGGAGGGUGAAGAGAAGCACAAGCUGAAGGAUCCGUGUGGUAUCGCUAAAAACACCAAAGGCCAAUUCCUGAUAGCAGGCAAUGGGGAUAAAACCGUGAAGGUGUUUGGUAGCAACGGAAAGUUUGAUUUUAGGUUUAAUCAUCAAACUGAUGACGCCGAUACAAAGUUAGAUAUUUGGGAUGUCGCCACUGCAGGCGAGGACGACAAGAUUUAUCUACUGGUCAGUUUGAAGAAGCCUGGGGCUAAGGAAUGGGAGAGGGAAGUGCAGGUUUAUAACAAGACCGCUGACCUACAGCACAAGUUUCCCGUGAGGAGAGAGUGCUGGAGCUUCAGACUAACAGUGACCAGCGGCAAACAACGUGGCAAAAUUCUGCUGUUGGCAGGUCAAGUUGGUCAUGUUCACGAGCCGAGUGGCGAGUUCGUUUGUAGCUUUGGUGGAGGAGUGUUCAAGUGGGCGACAGAUAUCACUGCUACUUGUGAUGGUCGCGUCAUGAUAGUGGACCGAUACGAUGACAGUUUGUACAUAUUUGACGUGGAGGGACACCAGCUUGACAAAUUUAAUAUCAAACAUGUGAGAGAUGACUAUUAUCGCAUAGCAUGUCACCCGGCAAGUGACCAUGUUGUCCUUGCUGGUAAGGAACGAAAGACACGCCGCCUGGCGCUGGCUAUAUACACUGUUAAUGGUGAAUUUGUUCGCAGAAUUCAGCUGGAUGAAGAAGUAUAUGUUGUACGUGGAAUAACAGUGACCGUGGAGGGUCACAUUGCUGUGGCUACUGACAUAGGACAGGUAAUUGUUGUUUAAAACUAAAAAAAUCGAAGACACAAGUCAACAGUUCUUAUUUUACUUUCAUGAAUAAAUGUCAUCAACGCAGAUGUUUAAAUUUAAUGCUGCAGUUGAUUGGAAUCACUGGACAUGACUGGAUUAAGCCACAUACACUGUAAAAAAAACUUCACCCCCUCUUCACCCCUCUCGUUUACUGAUGUUUGUAGUAAGUCUUGUGUUAUCGCUCUAACCUUUAAAAAGAAACCAAAACAGAUAAAAUGAAUGCGAUACAUGUACAGUAAACACUCGCUAAUAAGAACCUAAGUUAAUUUUUUUUGAGGUCUGGCAAAAAAGGGUACGUUACAGAGUAAUGAAGGCUAAGUACAACUGUAGGUUCUUAAUUAGGUUUUAAAUUUCUUUGAAGAUGUACAGGGUGUCCCAAAAUUUUUGUCCUCUAAUUUCAUGCUCAGUAUUAACUUUUGAUCAAAACUUUAUUUUUACAUGAAAUUUCUAAAAAAUGUUUAUUGCUCUAUCAAGUACACGAUUGUAUUCAGAAGUUCAGUAAGCUGCAGGUCCCCUUUUUUUUCUUAUCACAUUCUGUAGCCGUUGUGGCAUAGAGUGGGAUAAGUCAUUGUAGCGUCUAGAGCCCCAUAUGAGCCACGUUUAGCUUUUUCAUCACUUGGUACACAGGAGCCACUUUGACCCCCAAAUUAACAAUAUCAUUUUUUUAGAUUAGGCAGCCAAAAAAAUAUUUUAAGCAUUCAUGUAAAAAAAAAAAAAAAGAUAAUCAUCCCAGCCUCUCUCUGCAGUAAGGUUUUCUUACUUCUUUGCCAAGGAGACUAGCUGAACGUUGCUUGGUGGACUGACCGAGGUUUUUUUUGUCAUCUCACAGGCCUCCAACCGUAUUCAGGACUUUAUUUUCUCCAGCAGGUUCUUAAACCGCAAUUUCUUAUUAGUGGGUGUGUGUUUACUGUAAGUACAGUAACAUUCUUUUGUUUCUUUAACAAUUGGUGGUAUAAUAAUAUUUUUGUUUGUGCAGAAUGGAAAAUAAUACAAUCCAGAUUCAGUUGGUUUACAAAAACAUCCUCAUCAUUUACCACCUUCUCUCUUUCAGGCUUUUAAGCUUAAAAUACUCUACGCUGUAACUCAAUCGCAUGCCACAUCAAAAAACGCCUUUGAAAUCUUCUCCAGGAACAAUAAUUUAUGAUGCUCCCUACUUGAUUUAAGCACGCAGUAAUGUGAUAACCCAUAUAAAUAACCAAUGCAACCAGCCGUCUUUUUGGUAUAGGCCUGCAGGCUCAUUCCCAAAAACAUUGGCUGGUAAUCAAUCCUAUUAGUAAGAUAAUUAAGAUUUUAUUCCAACAAUUUUCACUAAAUAAAGCAUAGAUAGUUUCUGGGCAGUGGUUUUCUCCAGAUUUUCAGGCAAAGCCGGCUUUUCUUUUUAACCCUAACGACACUAAGCAAAUGAUCCAGAUUUAAAACUAUCACAUGACAUACAGUGUAUUAUAAGGGGAGAGGGCUCUCCUCAGUUGACAAGCAUCCCUCAAAACUGCCUUUCCUUAACUGUAAUCAAAAAUUCUUUUUGGGCAGGUUAAAGUGUCUAUUGGGCUAGCACAUGCUAGGUACAGCUUCUCCAAAUGGCAAGCUGUAAAACUGACUUUCCUAAUAAACCCUGACAGAUUCAUGAUUUGUAUGUGAAAUUAUAGAAAUGUAACUUAAUAUUAAUGGCAAUUUUGUUACGUCUUUAAACUGUUUUAAUAAUGAAGUUUGGCAUCUAAAUCACAGGCAAAAAACACACUGUUGGUCUUAAUUAAAAUUAAGUUUGGCUCAUGAAAACUUUGACUGCUUUGCAGAGCCUAUAGCCUGCUAUAUUAAUAAGGAAUGCGUGAUUAAAUAUUAUUGUAUUAGUAAGUUUAUAUUUGGUAACUUAACAAUUUCUCUUUAAACUGUUUUAGGUUUGGCUAAUACUUUUCCGUAGGCUAAAUCAAAGGUAUAAACACAUCAUUUUUUAAUUUGGUUGACCUGAAUUAAAAUAUUAAGGUUGACUUCUGCUUUUAAUGUUAGUAUACCAGGGACACCCAUGGAGAAUAUAGUUCAAAACCACUUAAAAAUAGCAUUGUUGAACGUAUUUUAGUAUUUAAAUGGUAGAUAUAGGCAUAUUUUUAUCUCCGAAAAAUUUUUCAUCUGCUCGGAUCUCCUAGCUGAAAGUGAUCCGAAAAUUAUAGGGAUCAAAACUUACCUUUUUGAAAAUUUUAGGCAGAAAAAGGCUCCCGAAUUAAAUUCUAGACGUGACCUUUUCAGGGGAAAAAUCCGUUAAGAAUUGGGCAAUUAUACCAUUUUUUAAGUGUUCGAAAAUCCUAGGAGAGGCAGGUAAGCAAGAAAUUUUACAACAAAUGUUCCGAAAAUUCUAGAUCUCAAAUCAUCUUCCCAACAGAUAUUUUCCGAAAAUUGGCGUUGCUGUAGGUGAAACUCUGCAGCAAUCAGCUUAAAGAUGGAUUAUUGGAAGGUAGGUAUAUAUUAAGCCUGGUUUCCAUAUGAUCGUCCCGAUCGCCCCAGUCAUUUCAAAAAAUUUCGACAUGAUCCGGACAACUGGGACGAUUCGUGGUUUCCAUGUGAUCGUCCGGGUAAUUGCCUCAACGGAACAAGACACGGAAUCAUCAGCAAUGUCUCUGGGUCAGACAAUAGAAUUUUUGCAUGGGUUUCGCAAACAAGCCAAACAUACAUGUAAUGAUGGAUUUUAAAUGGAGAGCAAACCUCGAACCUUGCUAUCUGCUUUUUCUCUCUAUUUUGCGGUGUCAACAAGCUAGAAGUCAGUUCCACAAUGAUAUCGUAUCAUUGCGUAGAACUUGAUGAAACAGACUUUCUCUUUAGUUUCAAAAAGUACACAUAUGUGAUUCGAACAUUUUUGAAUUAUUUUCAACCUCAGCGGCAUACAGGUCGAAUGAUAGUGAUGAUUUCUGGGAUAGCCUUUGAUCAUCCUGGUCGAUAGUCUCAGUCGUCUGAGAGCAUUUACCGAUCACUUCAAAAUUUAUACGAUCCUCCCAAUCGUCCAGAUAGAAAUCAACUCUAUUCAAGCGAUUGAUAGAGUUCAUCUCAGUAAUCCGGGUCAUUUGUGAUUGUCUGGGUAGCAUUUUCAUAUGAUUUUCCCAAUCGUCUAAACAUUAUUUGAGGCAUCUGGGACAAUCACAGCACAGCCAAAAUGUGUCAAUGACGGUGUUAUCAUGGACAGGCAUAAUCAGGGAAAAGCUAUAAUAUAAAUAGUUAUAUGUAUGCUUAUAAACGAAAUGUGAUUUUUCUCUGCCAGGGAAAAUCAGGAAAGUUGUUGCAAGUGGUCAGGAAAAGGCAUAGGUGUUGUGAAUUAUAGGUUUGUGAAAAGUCAGCUGCAAAGUUUAUUUUCUGGUAAAAAGUUUUCAGAAAAAACUGUAAAAAUCAUUCAAAACAAAGUUAAAAACAUUAAGAGUAGAGUAAUAUUGAAUUUUUUCGCGGAUUUUUUUUUUUUACAAGUUUCUGUUGCUGUCAGUUAAUAGACAUGCAUAAUUAUAAUGAACAGCAAGCAAACAGGUGUCGAAGGUGUUGACUGAGAGUUUAUACUUCAAGUUGGUUUUUGCAUAUUAAUUUGAAAAGAAGCUAUGACAUCAUGGCCUAUAACAAAACAUUGUAAUAUUAAUAUUAUGGCCUUGUGCCCAAAUCUUAAUCAGCUAAUAACAAGCUCAUUUUUUAACAACUGCUAGCUAUAGAUUUUGACGUAUGAUAAAGAUGUGGAAAAAAUGAAAAAUAUUAAUGUAAACAUGCCUAUUAGUCUGUUAUUCAUUUAAUAAAGUUAUAAGCAAUAGAUGUUUAUUAUUAAUUGGAUAAACCUACCCUGGUCACAUCCAGUGAAGCCAACCAACUGUAUACAUGUAGCAAAAUGCAAAACUUUGCCUUUGAUGACAUUCAUCACAAAAAAAUCUCCACUGUUCACUUAAUUACUGUUGUGUCUUCGAGUUUAUUAGUUUUAAACGACAAUUAAUAAUGAAAGGGUGUGUGGAAAAAAAAAUUGGUAACAUUUUUUUAGAUUUUUAGGUAUUUUUAGGUUUUCAUGCCUGUGAUUUGACAGACUGCAAUUUUUAUUAACAUGUAUAUAACACUAAAUAAUCUAUGCAUUUGGUUUGGGACACAAAUUUUCAGUAUCUAGAUUAACAUAAUCAAGAAGCCAAUUAAGAAGGUCUAAAUUCCUUGAGCAAGACAACAAGAAAAUGGCUGGGUGAUUUUAUUGAAUAGCUGAUGUUAGUUUAUAAUACAUUAGUGCCAAACUUUCCAAUUACUUUUUAGGGGCAGUGUCAUCAAGGUUUUGUGCUACUUUAAAAUCCAGCAAAUGCAUAUAAUUAUAUCAUUACAGAAUCCAUUGAUUCACUAUUUUCACAUAGACCAUAAAUGCACCUUGUUUAAUUUGCCCCCAAAAUUUUGCAUCAACAUUCUUUUCAAUAUUCAAUAUUUCUCUUGGGAUGACUGUAAUCUCCAGGAGAAACUGAAAACAAAAUGCAAAAUUUUCGGGGUAAACAAGGUGUACAAAUUAUGGUCUAUGUGAUGUGGUGAAUAUAGUAACCUUAAUGGCCUCUCUAUAGGCGUCAUUAAAAAGAGAGUUUGCGCCAUAAGAAAACUUAAGUGCAUGGACAAAUCCUUAAAAAAGCUGGGCCAAUCCAUUUUCAAGUUUGCUGGAGUUACUUGGAAAAUUUUUUCAAAACCAUUAAAAAGAUAUUGUUAUUAGUAAUAGUUCACUUGCACUUUUCAGAACGAUUUGAUGUCUUUCUUGUCAUUCAAAUGUUAUUUUGUGCAACUCUGGGUUCUAAACGGGCCUUAUAGCAAAGUACGUGAUUUCUCUGCCGGAGUAUAUGUGUAUUUUUUACAAAACACUCAGGGCUGGGUAUUAAAACAGAGCCUUAGUAAUAGAAUGAGGUUUAAAAAAAUGUCUGGGCCCCAAAAUAGAUAUGAAAUGAUUUUUUCUGCCUAGCCUGGAAGCCUUUUCAAUGCUCCUAACAACAAACAAUGUUUUCUAGAUAUGAGCAGUAAGGAUGGUAAAAUAAUAAUUGAAAAAUGACUUAGAAUGCAAAAGUUCUGUUAAACACCACCUAAUCUUUGUACCAGCCUUUAGUUUCAAUCUCUAGAUUCACAAUUACCUAAAAAUUUUAGAGUCUACAUGUGCCCAAAGCAAAGUGGCGUUAAAGGGAACAGGUCGCAAGUUUUUGUGUCCAGAUUAUGCAAACUUUUGUACCACAAAUUAUGAGUUAAAGUUAAUUUGUACUUAGCCUAGCUAAUUGUGUGUUUCACAGAAAGCUACAUGUACGUAAAUGGAGUUAACAUUUCUUAUCUCUUAAUUAGUGUUAGCCCUUUGUGGGUUUAUAAACGGAAAGCUUUGUAAAUAUGCCACGUCAUUAAUACUGGCAAAGCGUAAGUAGGUCAAGAUGGCUGGAAUUGUUAGGGGUUUCAAUGUUUUAAUGAAACAAUACAAAGUUUGUGAUCAACAAGUUCUUUAACCUACGUAGACUAGCUAGCGGUUUCAUUUGGGGUGUUUGAGAGAUAUCUCUCACUUUACGAACUACAAACGAAAACAACACCCUGCACAUAGCAAACAAACCGCCAGCUGCAGUGCGGGCUACAAGUUCUUGGAAACUCAGUGUUUUGUUGCAAGUUUUCCUUGGUAUUAAUAUGAAAGUUUUUUUCUUUCUUAAAUAAAAUGAACCAAGGAUGAAAAUGAAUUUCUACAUAGGCAUACCGAUAAUUUAAGAUGGAAACCACCAGGAAAUUGAGUAAUUUUAAUUUUCAGCGGACAAAAACAAAAAAGAAUAGAAUAAUUUAAAGAAUUAUUUUGCAUUCUUUUUUUUUUUACAUUUUUCAAGGGCUGAAGAUGUAAUAAAUCACCUGUAGUAACACCAAAGAAAAUUUCUCAGGGAAGUCCGAGAAAAUGAAUGUCAAAUUUCACGAGAAUUGUGAUUACACAUUUAAAAUUCUGAAAAUUUCAUGUGUAAGAUGUGAUUCCGUGAAAUUUGACAUUCAUUUUCUCGGGCUCCCAUUUUUUUGGUGUCACUACAGAUGAUUUAUUACAUCUUUAGCCCUUGAAAAAUGUAAGAAAGAAUGCAAUAUGCUUUAAAUUAUUAUGGUACCAGAUUUUUGUCCUCUGAAAAUCAAAAUUACUCAAUAUCCUUGUGGAUUCUGUCUUAAUUUAAUUUCUUUUUAACAUUUACAUUGUAUCUUUAUCAUCACUGAACUGUAGCAUUGUAAUAGCAUUGGUAUUUUGUUAAUUCCUAUGUUUUAUUUGCAAUAAAAUUAAAUGCGUUACUGGUUUACUUCUUUAUAAAAUACAUGGUUUUUUUGUUUUGAACUGAACACAGGGGGGGGGGGGAGGGGUGAGGUGGUGGUCAGAGCACUCGACUCCCAUCAAUUUGGCCUGGGUUCAGGUCUUGCUAUGUACGCCAUAUAUGGGUUAGGGACCGGUCAUUAUUUAUUGCCUGGGUGUAGGGGAAUUUUAGGGGGAAUCACUCGAUCUUUGGGAGAACAAAAGGGGGAUCAGUCGUAACUGAGAACCCAAAAGCGGGGAUCGCUGAAAACUUUGGAAGGAUUCAGAGUGGGGAUCACUCAAAUUUGCUUGGAAAAUGAAGACAGGGGGGGGAAUCGCGAAAGUCAUAAAAAGUUGUUAGGGUGAUCACUUCAGUGAAGUACAUUAAAAGGGGGUAUUGGCUAAAUUUCAACUUGUUUUGCCCCAAAUCCUGCCCCCCCCCCCGGCGAUAAACAAUGACUGGUCCCUUAGACCUGGUUAGUUUUGUGAACGCACCAAUGAACGCGCUUAAUUAAUGAAAAUCGCCACCCGCGAGGAAGGUGACCCGCGCGCAGUGCCCUCUUUCUUUCGUGCAUUACCUUUCUCGCGAGUGGUGAGGAAAUGACAGAAUACUCGUAGUCAGAUUGUUAAGAUUAUUUUCUUUCCUGAUUUUUUUACUGCAAAAAAAUAAAUAAAUAAAUAAAUAAAGCAUUGUUAUGUAACUCUGGCGUCGAGUUUUCCCUGGAAGCAAAGAAGCUGAGCGACGUAUAAUUUUAAAUGACAGAUUUUUAAGGAGUGAACAGAUAAGCUGCAUUUUUAGAAUAAGGUGAACUUUUAUCGCGAGGUUAUAGUAUAGCCCCGCCAUACGACCACGAACUCCCCACUGGCAGAUUCAGAUGCUGAAGUAAGUAACCGUGCUAACUCCUCUGGUGAAAAAAAAGGUGCAAUGAGACUUUCUGGCGGAUACAGAUGUUCUACAAAGUGGGACACCGCCCAUCCAGACCUAAGAUAAACGGGGCGGAGGGGAGCGGAGGGGGCUGCAGGUUUCAGCUAAGGUGGAAUCCCUGCAGGAAAUCCCGAACGGGCUAGAUUACUGUCAAACUCCCAAAACCGUGAACACAUGAAAAAUUUCAGGAAAGUACUUUAUUUGAGUGUCAAUGUAUUUAGCAGGAAAGUACUAUUUGGGGACACUAUUUUUACACGGGACCGCCAUUUUACGUGGUCAUCGGAGCCACGCGAAAGUAUAACCCUAGCCGCUUACAGGUUUAAAGAGUACCCUCACUUCUCAGUUAUUUUCUGGAAUCGAACCCGCGACCUUCUGCUCCGCAGUUAAGCGCUCUACCGACUGAGCUAACCCUGCGCGGCCAAUUCAAGCCGUUUCUGGACACGCCAAUAAGACGAGGCAUUAUCAGCUCUGGGACGAGGUCAUUUUUAACAGUAACCGAGACCCUCGCUGGUACUCUCGGAAGGUUAAAGAAACACUUAACAGCAUCAAUUGGGACAGUGGAAUUGAGAAUCCUGAAGCGUGGAUGCCUGCAGUCAGACACCGAUCAGUACAACGGGACAGCGGACCGCUAAAGGAACGGUCAUCUCUUCUAAUGCCAACAAGAGGAUGUUAGCAUCAACAACGAGUACGAGUACGAGAACGACUUCAAGCCGUACUCGUACUCGAAGUCGUUUUCUCAGCUUUCUAUGUUAGCGAUGACACCGAGUUCGAGUUAUAGCUGUGUAGGAAAUAUCGCAUUCGGUUGCUUUUCCUCGACUUCAAAAGCAGUAUUUUACAUAAAACAUAAUAUAAGGAAUGUUCAAGAUGAUAAAGAGAGGCUAGAAACGAAAAGAAACUGCAUUAAACCAUCGGAAUUUACCUUUGAAAACCAGCUCUUCUCAGUCGUUCUACCCACUUCGAGUUUUUGGUGAGAACUCGUCGUGGUGCAACUUGACAGGACGACUUAAAAACGUGGAGAUGCGCAGAACGGAUGCGCAGUACGCAAAAAUCGCUGAUCUCGUUCUAGAACUCGUACUCGUUGUCCAUGCUAACAUCCUCUAAUGCUUUAGAUCGAACCCUACCAACCAUGCAUGUCUUGGGUGAGGGUAGUGAUACACCAGUCACUAAGAACUACGGUGGUUUACUAAUAGUCCCGCUCGGAAAAUCGUAAUUUGACUACCCCGAAACAGACGAUAAAAGAAAACCUUAAAUGAUAUUGAUCUUCAGAUAUUUCACAACUUCCACCACUUGAAAAGGGUUAUAAUGUUAUAUCUGCAGUAGUUAAGGGAUUUUUACUGUGAAACUCACAAACCGUAAACCGUGUUGCGAGAAAUUAGCCAAUAAGGCGCGAUAUAACUAACACGAAAACUGAGCAAUGGUAAUUAGUAGUUUGUGGUUUUAACGUUUGCUUGCGUAUUCCUGAACUUUUUUGUAAUUGGCAAGUACCCAACUAUCAUUCCUGAGAUUUUCGGGUUUUCACGGUUUUCGGAGUUUGACAGUAAUCUAGCCCGCUCAGGUUUUCCUGCUUUGUGUCGCCAAAAAUAGUUUGUUUUGUCCAUAUAUUAAUGUGUUCUUUGUAGUCCAAACCAGUUCGGUAACAAACUUGGCUGAAUACUAACCUUGUUCUGUCUCUUUUUAAAGUCUGCGUUUAAAAAGAACUUGUGCAAUAACGAGCCAUCUUUACCCCUGGCUUAGCCAAUAACGCACAUGUACUGUAGCCUGCAUAACAGGCGCUUAAUGAGCCAAGCGAGGCGAACGCGGCAUUUUGAGCGAAGUGCGAAAAGAGUGCGACGCGCGAGACGAGGGAAGGAGCUUUAAUUAUGCUUCUUCUCCCCUCGUUUUGCGCUUCGUGCAAAAUGCUGCGUUCGCCUCGCUUGGCUCAUAAACGUCGGUACACACUAGGCGACAAGUUGCAGCAACAAGUCGCGGCGACAGAUCACUCCAUGUGUAGAGGUCCGUCAACUAGUUGCAGGAACACGUUACGGCGACACGUGGCAACGACAAAUAGCCUCGUGUGUACAGGAGAAUUUUUGCGAAAAUCUUUUUCUCUGCAACAGAGUUUUGUCGCAGCAACAAGUCGCACAAAUUCUGUCUGAUUUGAUUUUUUGCGACUUGUUGUAGUAACAAAAUUAUGUUGCGGAGACAAAGAUUUUCACAAAAAUUGUCCAGCACACACGAAGCGAUUUGUCGCUGCGACGUGUCGCUGCAACGUGUUGCUGCAACUUGUCGCCAAGUGUGUACCGACCUUAAAGCGCCUGUUAUGCAGGCUAAUGUACCGCAGCAGUAACACUAAGAAAUAUGCAUCAAAACCUUUAUUAUGCAAUAGACUUUUUUAGCUUGCAUGUAUGUUUUGUUUUCUCAUUUCAGAACACGUGUUGGUUCUUAAGCACGUGAAUCCACGAGCAUAUGUAUGCAUAAUUAAUAAAAAGACAAAAAUUCCCUGGAGAACAUCACGUGGUCUGAAUUGGCAAAGCAAAAGAAAAGAUCGAGCAGAAUGAUGAAAUGCCAACAGGCAAGAGAGGAUAAAGUCCUUUCUUGCCAAGAAGUAUAUGUAUGGUAUAAGGACAAACACACUUAAUCGCUCCCACAAUGAUGACAAAAUGGUGUUAUAAUGUUUACAUUGAUCAGCAUGUAAGAGCGAUGAAUAGGUAGGACUGUUUAGGUACAGUCGAACCUGUCUAAUACGGACACCGAAGGGUCAGAGCGAAGGGUGAAGAAGUGUCCGUAUAAAAGAGGUCACUAUGAUGACGUCACUUCUAUGACUCCACUUACAGUUUUAAGUGUUUAGUAGCCAGAACCAGGCUCACAUUUGUCUUUAAACUGCAUUUAACCGUUAUUAAUUCACAGUACGAAGGCGCUGUCUUUCAGUAGCAUACAACAUUGUUCAUCUCAGGUAGAGACAAACUACUGUUUUAAAACGAAACGAGCUACAGCGCAAUACUGCAUGUAAAAAGUUGUAACGUAAAGUACAAUUCUGAAAGCGUCUUUCGCUACUGAUUUUGUAAGUGCAGUAAACAGCAACUAGAAUACAAAAUGUAAUAGAAAAGAUCUUUAUGCUAUCUGUAGUUAAUGAAGCCUUCAAAAAGGUGGUUAUGUUCCUCUGUACACCUUUCGCAAAUCGUUGUUUGGGUAGCUCACCAGCCAGACUAGACGGGAUUCACCCUGUACAGACUCACCUGAUCUGGAUUCGGGAAUCACCUGAUCACCGCAGUGUCCGUACCCAGGGGGUACUCCGCAUAUGAAAGUGGUGGGGAUGCUCUUCGGAAAUUUUGAAUUAAAGAGAUCUGGGCGUGGCCCAAGCUUUUUUUGACCCCUAAACAAGAAUUAAAAGUAUACUUAUCAAAUAUAUAUUUUUAUAUUUUGUCACGUUCAACCCUAAACGAGGCCUUCACGGCUAAAUGUGAUGGCGUUUUGCCCAGAACACCCUAAGUGAGACCAGAAUCCGAAAUUUACACCCCUAAGCAAGACGACGAGCAUACCCACCCCUUUCAUGUGCGGAGUCCCCUCACUCCCCGGGUUCCACAAUAAAGAGGUUUUAAUUAAGUUUAUAUGAAUUUACUCUCUGGGGCCGAGAUUUAGUGUUCGUUGUCCGUAUUAGAGAGAGUCCGUAUUAUGGAGGUUUUUUUUUUAAAGAAAAUAGAUGAGAAUUUUGUCGGGACACUGGAAACUGUCCACAAUAGAGAGGUGUCCGUACCGAGGGGUUCGACUGUAGACAAUUAAAACACACUAUUCGCUUCAUCAGUGCUGCUGUUAAUCACAGUCGGGCUUUUAAUUAAUCACGGAGCCGGGAAUAUCAUAAUAAACAGAUUCUGCUCACUAUUUUUAAUAACUUCGAGUUAGAUUAGAAAAAUGACGUUUAUUGUGAAAUGCAUGUAUUGUGACAGUUUUUAUUAAUAUAUAUUUAUGCAUGAAAGAUGAGUCACGUUUGCUUCAAAACUUAGACUUCCUCUUCUUACAGGAAGACAUAGUUUGUCUCCACAUUUGUAUUUAUCAAAGUCCCAUACUGGAAAAUUGGUAUCGAGUAAAAUAAACCAACAAGGAAAAUACACUUCAUUUUUCUUUUGAUCUCUUCAGCUUUCAGUAAUGAUUGGUGUUCACUAUCUCAAAGGCUCAAAAACCCUGGCAAUAAUUGUCUGAAUUAACAACUGCCUUUCAGUUUUUUAUGCUUAGAACAUGUUUGAUCCCAUGUCCGUAACGGAAUUUUCCUUAGUUUGCAACUAUCUCCCAGUUUCAAUUACAGACAAAUCGCCUUUUUCGUGACUGAAAAAACUGAUACAGUGUAAUCUCUCCUUACGGACACCUCUCUAUUACGGACAGUUCGUUUGGUGCCAGAGAUGCCAAAAAUCAUACUUUCCCUACCUAUAUAAUACGGACACCUCUGUAAAGCGGACACUUGCUUCUGUCCCUUGGGUCUCCGUAUUAAAGAGGUUUGACUGUAUCGGAUGCCGAUCUAACUCAACUAAAACAGACCACUUCAACGCUAUUCUCACGGCUUCACGGAGACCACUGUAAAAACCAUUUACACAUUUGGGAAAUAAUAAAAAGAUUAAAGUUUGCCUGAAAGUGCUAUUCAGCAAUGGUGCCUGUUCUUUAACAUGCAUAUACUUCUUGGCAAAUUUCAUCAUUUUUUUUAUCUCCUUGAAAAGUGGCCUGACAUAUUGCUCAUAGUUUUGCCAAAUAUAUGUGUUAUUGACCAAACGCGAGGUCAUGAUGGCUUAGUAGUGGGUACUGGCCCAGUUCCUCUUUUGCGUUUUCGUAAGUGGAAAUUAAUGUGCUUCUCAUUAGCUUUCAUUUGAUUCCUUAGACAUUAACAUUUAACACACAGACACUAGAUCAGCUGUGUCAUUUAUAAGGUUCUCGAAUUUGAUAAUCACUCUUUAGACUCCAAAGUUGAGGCAAAAUUAUUAAUAUCACAACAGGAAGGAAUGUUCUUAGUGUGAGUCAUUUCAUUAAACUUGUCAUUAAUGGGAAAACAUAUUAAUAGAACCACUGGAAAGUCCUGCUCUGUUUAAAACGCCGGCUAUUUCAAUGGCCACGAUUUUAAAAGAAGAUAAUAAUAAUAAAAAAUAAAUAAUAAUAAUAAUAAUAAUAAGACUAAUGAUAAACAUAAUUGAUUAUCCUCUCCCUUUUGGAGCGUUUCAGAGAUAAUGAACCAAUAAUUCAAAUGAAACAUAACAAAGCUAAGAAUCCCAGCUGGUAGGAGGCCAAGUAUGGAAGAGGAUUUGAACUCGGGACUACAGAGAACAUGUCCAGCUAGCGGUCAGCAGGGCGAGACUUGAACAUGGGGCGAAAAGUCCCGCGGCGUUAUAACCGUUCGGCCAUGCUGCCUCCACAGUUAAAACAACCUCGUUACUGUUACACCACUACCGUUUCGUAAUGUAAUUUGUUCUACAGGAAAGAAUCAAUUUUAUUUUCACUGAGUCGACUCGGCCAGUUUGUUCAUCCAAAAAUAGUAGCCCCAAAGGAUAUAUUAAGAAUAAAUUAAGCUGAAACUUCCACGAAAAAUAAAUAAUAUAGCUCUACAUAUAUUUGACUCUGAGUUUUCACCAUUUGAAAAGGUUUUGAUAAUCACACUUAAGAAUUCUAUCACAGACUCCUAAAGUUAGACCAAAAAACAGCUGAAUAUUCAAUAACACAACAACACAGUCAGUCUAUUUUAGUAUAGUUUAUAGAGCAAAAUUAUCCAUACUCAACACAGUUUAAACUUCCAUCUGAAUGUUCACAAUAAAGUUAAACUAGCCAACUGCUAGUACAGCCGCUCCCUUCCCUCAUACGCAAUUAGCAACGGUGAAUCUCUAGUAUGCUACACCAGCCGUUCUUAGUGUCGUCACGCAACGGUGUGCUGUGUAGCAGACUAACCCUUCUCCGAUUUUAGUUUUUCUUAGGGGAGGGCUAGGGAGCGACUGUAAACGGGCUAGCAGUUAAAGGAAACUCCUACAUCUGUAAGGUACAAGAAACUUCUACGAUUUGUAAUAAACAAUCAACAAAAUGGAUGGUAUCAUUUUUUCACUGAGUGGGCCGCUUUUUCAUCUAAAACUGGAUAUAUUUUCUAAAGGUAUGCGAAAAAAUGGAAUUUUUAAAAACUGGCGCUUCCACAUGUAAAUCAGUGUUAAACCAAAUUUUUAAUCCUAGAGAUAUUUUACAAUUUUCACAGCUUGAAAGAGUUUAAGUUAUAUAUGCAUGAGUAUUUUACAGUAAGUUUGCGUUUGUAACAUGCAUAUAAUUCUUGUCAUUUAACAAAAAAACAUAUCUUUUGUUUGAUCUCCCUCUCUGCUGGAAUAUUGCCUAAUAAGGAUUUGAUUUAUGUUCCCUUCAGAGUGUUGCCAAUGCGUUUUUGGCUUGGCGAGGAGAUAAUUUGACUGGUGUUUGGCCGAGUUACGUUUUUAACGCAGAAAAGGAAUAAGACUUAUAUGCAACCAACUUCAUCGAACUGGUUUGGUCUACAAAGGACUCUUUAUAUAAUCAAAGAACAGAAAAUAUUUUCUUGCAAGACAAAGCAGUUGAUCUCGAGCGGGCUAGAUAGGCCUGCCUUGCCCGUUUGGAUAGCCAAUCAGAUUAUAGCAGGAUUCGCUUCCCCUUGCCACUCAUAAGUCGCGGAGCAAGCGAUACAAUUAAAAAAAACCAGAUCUUAUAUUCCAAACUGCCAAAUACGACGACUUUAAGACUUUGGUAUAAGCCUACAAAGAGAGUUGCAUGGUAAUCACUUAAAUAAGGAAUAGUGUAAAUAUGUCUCAAGAUCACUAUUUUUAACUGCCAACUACAUAUUUUAAAAGUAAAAUGACGUGCUGAAAUACACAAAGCGUUUGUUUUUAUACAUUGUAUCCAUGCGAUUUUAAUUAGUCACGUUUUAAAAACUUAGACUUCCUGUUUUUGUAUUUAAAGUCGCAAACUAAUCUUCUAGUACAACUUAACUGCAUUUCUCAAGAUUUGAACGGUGACUUAAGUUAAAGAAAACCGCUUUACCCUUACUAUCUGUCUUUAAAGAGACCACUGCACAUACGCCUGCGAAUACAGCCUGCGCUUCUCAUUGCCCCUUGCCUCGCAAUCAAGCUGCCACUGUCUUCUAUAAAAUGUUCUUUGUUUUUAAUCAUACACCGCUUCCCUGUUCUUUCAAUAAACGAAACUGAACUGUCAUGAACAUCGUUACGUGGAAUAACUAUACGGAGAGGAAAAUUUGCAUUUAAGCCGUUGCUCAGAAAUACACAAGAAAAAUGACAUUUAUGUGCUAAAAUACAAUAUAAUGUUUUUAUCAACAUAUUUUUAUAGGAUGACUGCAUGUUUAUUUCAAAGACUUCCUUUUCUUACAGUAAGCCGUCUCACAUUUGUAUUUGAAGUCCCAGACCAUUCGGCUGGUCCAACUGCGUUCCCAAGAUUUAAACCGAGUGGUGAGGUAUGUGUGGGAUACUUUAUUUUCACGUGUUUUAUUUAUGAGAAAAGCGGUAUUUUGUGGUGAACGAAGAAGUUUAAGUCACUGGGGAAGACAGCGAGGAAAAUAUAGUUCUUUUUUCGAUCUUUUCAGCUUUAGGUACCGCCUAUCUCAAAAAGGCUCAAAGACCUCAAUAGUUUAUUUAACAGCUGCCUAUUCAGGGAUAUUUUUCUAUGCUUAGCUAGAACAUGCAUGUUCGAUUCCAUUUUUCAUCAAAGAGUACAGAUUCUCCCUCGGGAAGGCACAUACUUUAUUGUUUUAAGUUGGCCAGACUGGAUUUUUUAGGGUGGAUACCUCUUAAGUUGGAGUAUUUACCAUGUCGGCAUGCAAUAACAAAGAUAUCGGAACUGACCGGUUACCACAGCCCUACUGUAAAAAGAUGAAAAUUUGUUGUGAUACAUGUUUCAUUAACAUGGGAGUUGUCAUGUAUCUCCCUUAGUUGCCUUGAUUAUGGCAAAGUUUGAACAAAUUCUAUGGGAGCAUUUUGGAAAUAUUUCAAAACAAAAUUUUAAGGCUCAUAAAAACAGUGAAUAAACAUGCUAUCGUCAUCAUUGGCUACUAUGUAGAGGGAAAAUGAUGAGGUCUGGAAAAAUGCAGUUUCAUCUCAUAGUGGUUUGAUUCCAUUUGAAACAGUGUAUGAAAAACGAGGAGGAUUGCUUUGGUCGAUUGCGAGGAAGAAGAAUUUGGUUAGCUUGCGUUUGGCUGCCUUUUUACCAUUUUAAUUUAUGGAUGUAAUUUGGUCCAUGCCUACAAAUUUCACGAUAGUAUGAUUAUAGAACCACUUGAUAUUAAAAAAAAUUAAGAAUCCCGAGAUCACACUCUCAGAAAGGCUCAAAGACCCAAUAGUUUAUUUAAUAGUUUCUUUUCGGGAAUAGUUUUCUAUUCUUAGACAUUUUUGAUCCCUGUCAUUGUUGAAAUCGGAUUUUAUUUUCAAUUUUAUCCGCUAGUUUAGAUUGCAGACAAUUCGCAGUUCUCAAGCGAAAAAAACUGAUAUAGAAUGCUGACCUAUCUCGACUAAAAAGACCACUUUAAAGCUGUCCGUCUUUACCAUUGCAUUAACCUACGAAUAGAUCCGCUCCUCAUUGCUUCUUGCCUGGCAAUCAAGCUACCAAUGCGUUUGUUGAAAAUGUUAUUUGCUAUCAAUUUGCUCUUCCAUGUUAAACCAAAAAUCAAAGUAAAAAGUAAAAAAUAAUAAUAAUAACCUGUGAACAAUCAUAGGACAAGAAAAUUUGCCUAACCUCGUUUAUUUGUUUAAAUUUUUUAGAAGUUUGACUAUUUCAUGAAUUUGUAUGAUUGGGAGAAAAUAAAAAAUAAAAAAGUGAAAGCUGGGCUUCCACAAGUAGCGUAUUCAAAGUUUUCGCCCAUCCACACUAAAACUUUAAAAAACGAUGGAAAUUCGAUAACAUCCCUUACGGAGCAUGCAUAAUUCUCGUGGUAUAUGAUGUAGGACUUCAUGGUAUUCGAAAACCUCCGUUUUCGUCCGUCCACUGCACGUAAACGAGAAGCAAACGUAUUCAAGUCUCCACUUUGGAAAGCAUUUUGAUAAGAUGCAUUUUCGGUAACUGUUGUCAUCGACAGGCCAAACCGGAGAAAACAAAACAAAACAUGCCAAAUCAAACUGCAACAAAAAAUCUUCGUUUUCAAAUAACAACGGAUGCGUGUGAACGGGGCCAAAGUUUGCCUGAGACAAUGGCGCCUUUUUUCAUUAAUAUACAUAUGCUUCUUGGCAAUUAUUUAUCAUUUUUUUUAUCUCCAUGGAAAGUGGUCUGACAGUAUUGCUUAGUUUUCAGCCUAAUUGUAUGCGUUAUUGACCAAGUAUAAGCUCAUGAUGGCUUGGCAGUGGGUAUUUGCCAAGUUCAUUCUUGCAUUUUUGUGUUUUGAUCCGGGGUUUUGAUAAUCAUUCUUUAGAAUCCAAAAAGAGCAAAAUUAUUGAAUAUCACAACAGGAGGGAAUGGUUUUAGUAUCAUAGCACCACCUGUAAAGUUCAAACGUUCAUUUCAAUGGUCACGAUUAACAGAGGAUAACAUCUAAAGUUAAAACAACCUCCUACGGUUCUAAGCUGUUUUGUUCUGGCUUUUUACAAGCGUGACCGAGGAUUGAACUCGGGACUACCGAAAACAAGUCCAGCUGGCCAGUGGGGGGGACCUUGUUACUACAAGUCUGCGGGCGCUCCUAAUUGGUCUGCCACGCUGCCUCCACUGUUGAAACCACCUCUUACUGCUACACCAAUACUUUUCCACCACUACCUUUUAGUAAUAUAAUUUGUGCUACAGGAAAGUAUCAAUUUUUUUUCACUGAGUCGGCCACUUUGUUCAUCCACAAACAUGUUUAAACUUCUAAAGGAUAUAUAAAGAAUAAAUUAAACUGACACUUCCAUCAAAAUAAAUAAAUAAAUAAAUAAUAUUGCUUUACACAUAUUUGACAGUUUUCACCACUAGAAAAGGUUUUGAUAAUCACACUUUAGGAUUCUAUCACGGACUCCAAAGUUGGACCAAAACUACAGCUGUAUCAAUAAAAGAAAAAAAAAAAACAAAGUCUCUCUUAGUUUUAGUAUAGUUAGGGCAAAAUUAUAAAUUCUAUUCAGUUUAAAGGUCCAUGUAAAUGUUCACAAUUCAAGUUAAAACUAGCCAGUUGUUAGUACAGCCGCUCCCUUCCAUCAUACGCGAUUAGCAACUCGGUGAAUCACAGACGCCCACGGUUCUCCGACUGUAAACGGGCUAAGUCAAAAGAAACUCUUACAAUCUGUAAUAAUCAACCAACUAAAUGGAGAGAACAUUUUUUUUUCACAGAGUACGCCACUUGUUUCAUCUAAAACUGAAUAAAUUUUCUGAAGGCUGUGAAGAAAAUUGAAUUCUUAAAAACAGCGACGCUUCCAAAUGUAAAUCAGUGUUAAACCAAAUUAAUCUGAGAUAUUUUGACAAUUUCCACAGCUUGAAAGAGUUUAAGUUAUAUCUGGAGUAUUUUACAGCAUGUUUGCCUUUAUAAUAUGCAAGCCAUAUUAUUCUUGUCAUUUAAGAAAGACAUUUGUUUGAUAUCUCCGCUGGAAAAUUGCCUAAUAACUGAUGGAUAUUCCCUUAGUGUUGCCAAUGUAUUUAUACGUUCUUGACUAAGUGACGGAGCAACAUCACUGAUGAUUGAGCGUGUUCUUCCUUUAAGGUAGUAAAGGAACAAGGCUAAUAUUCAGCGAUCUUGACCGAACUGGCUUGAUCCCCAGCGGUCGUGAAAGGCCUGCCUUGCCAAUCAGAACAUAGCCGGCAGGAUUCGCUUCUGAACCUUUCAUGUCACUCAUUAGUCCCUGAGCAAGCGAUAUAAUAAAAAAAGAAAAAAACAGAUCCUAUAUUUGACACUGACAAAGGGGGGAGGGGUCUAACAAAUAUGAUGACUUUUAUACUUUGGUAUAGGUCGACUAGAAAGAGAGUUGCAUGGUAAUUGCUCAAUUAAGAAAUCGUCUAAAAAUAUCUCAAGAUUACUAUUCAACUUAACUGCGAGUUAAAUGAGAAAAUUGUUUUCAUGGGAUAAGUCACGUUUCAAAACUUAAACUUCCCGUCCUAAACUAUUCUUCUGGUCCAUUUCUCAAGAUUUAAACACUGACUUAAAAGUUAAAGUUAGAAAACCGCUUAAUGCUAUCUGUCUUUAAAGAGACCAUUGCACAUCAGAAGCCUGCGAAUACAACCGCUCUUCAUUGCUCCUUGCCUCGCAAUCAAGCUGCCACUGCCUUCUUUAAAAUGUUCUUUGUUUUUAAUCAUAAACUGCCCUGUUCUUUCAAUAUACAAAACUGAAAUGUCAUGAACAUGACGUUAUCCGGAACUGAUAACUAUACAGAGAAGAAAAUUUGCUUUAAAGCCCGUUGCUUAGAGUUAAAUAAGAAAAAUGACAUUUACGUGCUAAAAUACAAUAUAAUGUUUUUAUCAACAUAUAUUUAUGGGAUUAGUCACGUUUAUUUCAAAAGCUAGACUUACUUUUCUUAUACUAAGCCAAAUUUUGUGUCACUGCAUUUGUAUUUAAAGUCCCAGAGGCUGUUCGGGUGGUCCAACUGGGUUUUUCUGCAAGAUUUAAACAGUCAGACCGCGAGUAAAAGAAAGGCACAAGCCAGCCAAUCUGUCACAUAAACGGACUGGUGAGGUAUGUAGAAGCCUUAUUUUAACGCGUUUUAUUUAUAACAAAAGCGGUGCUUUGUGGUGAACGGAGAAGUUUACAAUAAGUCACUGAGGAAGUGAACGAGGAAACUAAUGUUAUGUAGUUCAUUUUUUGAUUUUUUCAGCUUAGGUACCACCAUUUCAGAAAGGCUCACAAACACCCAUUAGUUUGUUUAACAGCUUCCUUUCAGUGAUACUUUUCUAUGCUUAGAACAUGUUUGAUCCUAUUUUAUCAAAGAGGACAGAUUCUCCCGCGGGAAUCCACAUGCUUUAUUGCUUUAAGUUGGCUAGACUGGAUUUUUUAGGACGGAUACCUCUUUUAAAGUUUGAGUAUUUACCACGUCGGCAAUAACAAAGAAAAGAUAUAGGAACUGAAGUUACCACAGCCCUACUAUAAAAAGAUCAAAAUUUGUCGUGAUCUUUGUUUCAUUGACAUGGGAGUUGUCAUGUACCUCCCUUAGUUGCCUCGAUUAUAGCAAAGUUUGAACAAAUGCUAUGAGAGCAUUUUGGAAAUAUUUUGAACGAAGUUUUAAGGGUCAUAAAAACAGUGGAUAAACAUGCUAUCGACUUCACUGGCUAAUAUGUAAAGGAAACAAUGAUGAGAUCUGGAAAUGCAGUUUCUUCGAGCUUAAUUCUCUUAGUGGUUUGAUUUCAUUUGAAACAGUGUACGAAAAUAGAGGAGGAUUAAUUUGCUUCCGCUGAUUGCGAGAAAGAGGAAUUUGAUUGGCGUGCGUUCGGCUGCUUUAAAUUUAUUUACCAUUCUUGUAUGUAAUUUGGUCCACGCCUACUAAUUUCACAAUAAUUUAAGAACCACUUGAUAUUAAAAAAAAGCUAUUGAAAUAAUUAAGAAUCCCGAGAUUAGAUAUCAGCUUAUAUUGCCUCCAAGUUUCAAGUACAUUACAAUCAAGGAAGGCCAUUAAAUGGGCUUCAAAUGUCAUAUUUUCCCCCAGAUGUUGUGUCCAUAAGUGAGCGCCCUGUUAGAUCAUCAAAAUACUUGUAAUUUGAUCAAAUAUGAAGCAAUGUAAAAAAAAUAACACACAAACUGCGGUUACAAAAAUCAGAAAUAACAAAGGCAUUAUAUAACUGACUUUUGUAAUAUCGAUCUUGACGUUUCGUAUGCUUCAACAUACAUCUUCAUAAGUGACCGUUGGUCGUCCUGAUGGUCGUACAUUUUAGGAACGUUUUCAUUGUUGCUGAAUACCGUAAAAACCCGCAACUAAGAACCUGCAUUUUUCCAAGUUGGCCUAAACAGGUUCUUACAGAAAAGGUAAUUAGCACAAAUUAAGGCUAUUUAGGUUCUUAAAUAGGUUCUUGAUAUUUUCUUUAAAAGAGAAUUUUUAGUAGUAUAAUUUCAGCUUAUUCCCUAAUAAAAUCUGCAUUACCAUUACAUUCAGCUGUACAUUGCAGUUGGACGGAUAAUUCUUCAAAGAGGAUCCUGAAUGCUGACUUAUCAUAUUUGCUCAAUCUUACUCUAAUUUUCUUUUUUUGAUAGAUUUUAGAAAAUAAGAACCUGUUUCAAAUUUUGGGCUUAACAGGUUCUUGUAUAGUGGGGGCCUAACUGGCAAAUUUUAGCCUAACAGGUUCUUAAAACUGAACAAAGUUCUUUAGUCGCGGGUUCUUACUGUAUCCCACUACGGUUUAUACAUGAAAUUUUCUCAUUCUAAAACUGAAUUCCUGACAGCAUCUUUUGACACUACUGAGGAAGCGAUGGAGACUGUCGAAACAGGAACAGCCGAAAACUAUAAUAAAUAGAUUUGUUUUAUGUUUUAUGUUUUAAAUGUUUCGAACACAUCCCCUUCGAUAUGAUCAAGUUUUUAUUUUUUGUAUAAUAUCAUUUUUUUUCUACCCAAAACAAGCAAACAAGUGUUUCAUUGUAGGACACAGGAUGCGGAAUUCGCUGGAAACUCAAAAGUUGUCGACAGAGAAAUCGUAUGACUCGUACUUCACUUGCGGUACAAUCAUUAAAGUGUGUGUUAUGUAUAGUUUUCCGCGAGGAUCGUUAACGGCUAUCUUACUUGGGGAUUGAAAUCACCAUUAAUAUAACUGGCGCCAGAUAUCAAAGAAGCCAUCAAGGGCAAUGAAAAUUAUGGGUAUGAUCAUCUGUGCCUGUUAAGUCUUCCUCAGUUUUUUAUCGAUUUGUUUCUUCCAUUCAGUAAAGGUUAUCUUCGUCAUUAGUGAGUCAGCAAGAACACAAUGGCCAACACUGAAUAAAAAAAAAAUUCCAAGAAUAUUCUUUGACUGGAAACUCCAUGAAAGAAAAUAGUGGACAGCUAACAGUCAGUGAAGUUUAGCUCAGUUCUUCGUCACCAUUUAAACGCGCAGUCUAUUCGCUUUCAGUCCGGCAGCCGGGUAAAUUCUUCAAUACAGAGCACAUAAGGGAGGAAACUCUAUAUAAAGACAUAUUUUUAUAGACAUGUAUGUCUCGUAAUUUAUGAUCUGACUUGUCUUGGCAAACUUUAAAGAGUUACUGCUGACUGAAUUUGUUCAUACUGGAUUCACUUGAAGUUUACCUCCAACUUGAGUUAUGGAUGCUGUCGGGGGAAGUUGUAUUUCUUAGCUUUAUCAUUAAAAUUCUAAUUACACUUAACUUGUGAAAUAGAUAGCAGAUACUACUUCACAGUAUUACACUCUAAUUUCAUUACUUUCUCUUGUUUAAUUGGAAACUAUUGAGCUCGAGAUACUGCUUUACGGAUUAUACAUAAAAUCACUCUUUGCGAUUAAGCUAUCUCGAUUAGUAACCACAUUAUCAAGUUCCUUUUUUCCUGUAAAUUCUCUUACGUUCCCAAAGUCUGACAUCACUGAUUGCUGGCUUUAAGUUGGGUCUUCAAGCCACCCUUCCUUUACUGAAGCACAAAAUGCUGAAGCAAAAUUAAGCAAAAUUUAUGCCUUUCGGGAGCGACUACACAGGAAAUAGGGCCAUGUACGAGGCCACUAGUACGGCUGUGGAUAGAAAUUAAGAACGAUGAAGGAGUUAUUUUUGGUGGCCGUCAUCAGGCUUUUGUUGUGGCUCGUCUACUCAGCAGUGGAGCUGAGGUCUUGUUUGUUGUUUGUAUACUGCGAAAAAACAAAUGAGCCAAACGAACCACUCGAUGCCUGAUGAAGUAUGCGAGUGGCCCUGCAUUCUAUCAGUGAAUUUAAGCCGAAUUUCGAGUUGGCAAGCAUAGAAGUUAAGAAAGGUGACAGAUUUUUACUUGGAAUAAAGAGUUUAACAGUAGUUCUUUCAAUUUAACUAAAACAGUAUCGAAAUUCAGUUGAGAAUCACCUUGGGCCCAAAAUAACAGAAAAAAUAUCUCUGCGUAGGAGCUUAUUGAUUUAGAUAUAUCAGUUCAUUGAAAGCACUGAGUCGUAUAUUAUCUUAAAGUGUGUUCACGGCACAACUGACUGGAAAGGUGUCAGUGAAAGAGUUCAGGGUGGUCUUAACGUGACGGUAGUUAAGGAGCGAUGACCGGGUAUCGAAAUGAUUCUCCCUAAGAAAGCAAUUGAAAUUCGUUACUUACAUCGCUCGCCUUUCAGUUUGGAGAAAGACUUAGUUUUUUGAAACAGAAUAAUGUUGAAAUUCUAAGACUGAAAACGACCAUGAUCCUGAAAAACGUGCCUCGCUCACGAGGAGGGAGCUGAACUAGCAAGGAUGAGUAUGAAAAGGAUCUUUGGUAUAAUAGUUAGUUUUAUACCAACUGAUGCCAUUUAAACUCAGAAAGUUCUGAGUGUAAACCGCAAACCGAACAUUAACAGGAACACAGUCGUGUAGUUUCAUGAACUUUGUCAAUGUUAUGUCAAGUCUCUUCAUAUUUGUAUGAUAAUUCUGAAACUGACUGAAACGCACAAACAGGUGCAUAUAAUGUUACGUAAAAUCAGUGAAUAGCACAUUAUGAUUUCCAAAUCAGAACUCGGGAAAAAAUAUCUGAAUUUUCAGGGGCACCCAACGAGGAUAUAGUUCAAAACCACUUAACAUAGCAUUGUUGAACGUAUUUUAGUAUUCAAACGGUAGAUAUAGGCAUAUUUUUAUCCCCUAAAAACUUUUCAUCUGUUCGGAUUUCGUAGCUGAAAGUCUAGUGAUCCGAAAAUUAUAGGGAUAAAAACUUACCUUCUCGAAACUUUUACCCAGGAAAAGGCUCUCGAAAAUUCUAGGUGGCCUUUUUUAGGGUCAAAAUCCGUUAAAAAUGGGUAAUUAUACCAUUUUGUAGAUGUUCGAAAAUCCUAGGAGAGGCGGGAAAGCAAGAAAUUUUACAACAAAUGUUCCGAAAAUUCUAGAUCUCAAAUCGUCUUCCGAACAGAUAUUUUCCUGAAAAUUGCCGUUGGGUGCCCCUGGAUUUUCUUUAACAUUGCCCUGAAAUAAACAAUAACCCCCAUAACUAAAGCGAAUAAACCCGGAAAUAUUAGUCAAGAUAUAAGCGUGAAGCGUUCGCCAGAUUGUAGAAGCCCUUAGUUUUUUCAAUCCAGUAAACUGAUCUCACGCUUGCCGGUCUUUCGGAAACUAAACUGGGACGAAAACUUUUUUCAAUAGCUUUGCUUUAACACCUGAUUGCAGAACAAAAAAGUACCGCACAAGC